AUAAAAUUAUAGUUAAAAUCAAAUUUUGUUUAAUCAAAACUAAAUAAUAAAUAACUAUUGAUUUAAUGGAUCUAACAGUUCGUAAGCCAUCAGCUCAAGUAUCAGUCAAAAGACCAGUCGGUCGACCAAAAAAAGAGAUGGAUAUUGAAAGCCGAGUGCGAAGAGAGAUCGCUAAUCAUCGGGAAAGACAACGCGUAAAGAGUAUUAAUAUUGGGAUUCAAGCGUUGCGUCAAAUGUUGCGAUCGGACGACUCAAACACAAUCAGCAAAUCGGCGGUACUUUUCCGUUGCGCUGAUUAUAUACUGACUCUCGAAAAACAAUUAGCAAAACAUGUCGAAGAAAAUGUUUUACUUAAGAUUAUUUCAGCGCAACAUUACGAGACACAAACCGACAAAUAA